AUGCAUGUGGGACAGGUGCGGGUAUUUCAGCCAUCAUCACUGGACAAGUCUCCCCAAGAGCUGUGGGCUCAGCUAAGACAUGCUCUCCAGGGUCUCUGCAUGCUGCUCGUUGUAGUCCUUGCAGCUGUGGCAGACAGUGGAUCAAGCCACACAUGCAUUGUACAGCAAGGAGCCUGGUGGCUUAGUGGCAGUGCUGGUGUCAGAAUGGAGCUUGAGAACUGGCUGCUCUGCAGCUUAAAAGCUGCAAAUGCAAAGACAUUUGCCACGAGUGACUUUUCUCAUAACGGGGACUGGGAGAAGGCUCAACCCGUGGGCUUUGGUUGGCAAGUGCCUAUCAAGGGCUGGGCUGCCUGGGUUGGACUGGGCUGGAGAGGAGGGCCACAAGAAGCAGUGGCACCAGCUCAUCAGUGGAAAGUUACUGUGCAGUGUGAUGACUUUGAUCCAGGACUUCCUGAAGCCAGUGGUGUCCUCCCACUGACUUUGGAUGUUGACUCAAGAUUCCAGUUCCUUGGAGUUCUGAAAUUUGCAGCAAUAGAUGUUCUUCAUCAACUUGGCCUUGUGAAAGAUGUUCAACAGCCCUUGGAGACAACCUUGCCCUCAACAUCACCUCUGUUACCUCAGGGUGUUCGUCUAACCGUAUCAGGAGUUGUCCUAACUGGUGAUGCACAUAUUGAGUCCCCAGUCAUUCAAGUCAUACCAUCAAAUCUAGGGCAUCAGUUCACCGUAUUGGUUGGGUUGUACUCUUACAGAGUAAAUAAUGCUUUCCUUUUCAGUAUUAGGAACAAAAGUAGACUGCAAUUUGGUGUCCAGCUGCUGCCACGAAAGGUAGCGGUGUACACUGGAGCAAAGCAGUACAUAUACUUUGAUUAUGGUGUUCAUAAUAAACAAUGGCAUUCAUUUGCCAUUGACAUUAGAGGCAAGACUGUCUCAAUAUUUACUGAAUGUGGAAAGAAGCACUAUAGCGGGGAAGUACUUUCUAAAGUGGAGACAUUUGAUUUGGAUGGUUUAUUUACCCUGGGAAGGAUGAACUCUCACUCUGUUGGCUUUGAAGGAGUUAUAUGUCAGCUAGAUAUUAUUCCUUCUGCAGAAGCCUCUGCAAACUAUUGUAAAUAUGUGAAACAGCAGUGUCGCCAGGCUGAAACAUAUCGAUCUCUGCUAGGAGUGCCACAAUACUUUGAGUUAAGAAAUGUUUCUGCAUCGGAGUUUGCAGAGGCCAAACCUCUGUUGCUGGAAAGUUGGCCUGAAGCAGAACCCCAAGAGAACGUCAAUCUGCUUCUUCAUCAGCAGGAGAUGAGUGAAAAAAGAAACAUCACUAAAACCCUCACAGGAUCAUAUCCAAAUACUUCAGAUAAUACCAAAGUGAUAAUACAAAGUGAUCCUUCUCUGAUCUCCCCUGUAAAACAGAGUAGAACUAAAAGCAAUAGAAUGGACAAAGCAAAACAGCAUUUAGGAGAGCCAAGCAAAAAGCAGCAAAUCUUCAACACAACCCUGUACAGUUUGCCUGCUGACCUUUCUCUGGAUAAUCAGCUUGGUCCGGGGCAGGAAGGUGCAUUUGAUGCUGAUGAGACAUAUCACAUGGAAAACAGUUAUGAAAUUGGUAUUGAUAAUUAUGCUUAUGACUAUGAAGAUUUUGACAAAAUGUUUGAAAUGGGAAGUGUCAGAGGUCCAAAGGGGGAAACUGGACCUCCUAAUCCUAAAGCAGUUUGCAGUAGUGUGAUUCGUAGUCGCACACUGGUAGAAGAAGGUGUUGAUGUGAGCUGCAGAGCUGAUUUACGUUACUUGCUGAAAAAUAGGAGAACACUGGUGAACGUUUAUGCAGUCAGAGUGAACAGCAAACCUCCUAUGCUGAAAGUUUUGGCCUCAGUUAUUUUGAUUUUCUAUCACCAGGGUCCUCCAGGUCCUCCAGGUUUACCUGGUCCAUCAGGAAAGAGAGGUCCUCGGGGUAUUCCAGGACCACAUGGUAAUCCAGGUUUGCCGGGAUUGCCAGGCCCGAAGAUGAUAUUAAUGAGCUUGAUUUCUUUGCAACAGGGCCCUAAAGGAGACCCAGGAUUCUCUCCAGGACAAGCAAAACGUGGAGAAAAGGGUGACCCAGGCCCCAUAGGCUUUCCAGGACCACCUGGGAUCAAAGGCCAAAAGGGUCUUAAGGGUUAUUUGGGACUGCGAGGGCUGCAGGGUGAGCAGGGCUUAGCUGGACCAGAAGGUAACCCAGGUCCUAAAGGUGUAAGAGGUUUCAUUGGACCUCCAGGUGUGGCAGGACAACCAGGACCUGAAGGAGAAAGAGGUUUUCCAGGUGACUUUGGAAAUAGAGGCUCCCCUGGUCCAGAUGGGAAUCCUGGAGGCAUUGGCCCAGCAGGACCGAGUGGACCAUCAGGAAUUCCAGGGCCCAUGGGUGAACAUGGCCUUGCAGGAGCACCAGGAGACCAGGGGUACCCCGGAGACAAGGGUGCGGUUGGUUUACCAGGACCUCCAGGUAUUAGAGGAAAGCCAGGACCCCCAGGGAACGUUGGAGAUCCUGGAUCCCAGGGACCAUUGGGUCCUCCAGGACCUGAGGGUUUUCCAGGAGAUAUUGGUGUACCUGGAUUAAACGGCCCUGAAGGUCCGAAGAGUUUCAAAAAUGUUGGUGUGAGCAGUCAGGGCAACUUGGAGUUGGCACAGGAUAAGGUGCUUUAUCUCUGUGAAGCUGAUUAUAAUCCUGACAGAAAAGGAGUUAUGGGUGACCGAGGGUCUCCAGGACCACAAGGCCCCAAAGGAGUUGAGGGGGAAGUUGGACCAGCUGGGCCUAUUGGAGGAGUCGGCCCAAGAGGAGAGCGAGGUAGUGCAGGACCAGUAGGGCCUCCUGGAGAGAAAGGCAUCAUGGGCUACACAGGACCUCCAGGAAGCCCUGGACCUGUGGGGCCAGAAGGAUUACCUUGCAUAAUUAAUAUUCCAAAUCACGUGUUCAAUAUUCAGGGGCCAAGAGGUCUAGACGGUCCUCUAGGAGAACCAGGAACACAAGGCAUUAAGGGUAAAGCUGGAAAUCCAGGAGAAAGAGGAGAUCAAGGUGCACUUGGUUUGCUUGGGCCUCCCGGCACCACAGGAGACAGGGGACCAAUGGGAGAGCCAGGUCCAAGAGGACAACCAGGGGAUGCUGGCCCUGUUGGAGAAAUGGGGUUUGAGGGACCUCCUGGCCCUGAAGGAGAACCCGGCCUGCAAGGAGAACCUGGCGCAAAGGGAGACACUGGGCCUGCUGGGAAUGCUGGAGAGCCAGGCGACCAAGGUUUAAGGGGUGAAACAGGACCUCCAGGAGAAGACGGUGCUCAAGGAAGAGAUGGCCCAAAGGGAGACCCUGGAGACCAGGGACUUCUUGGUGAAGGUGGUGAAAAAGGAGAGAUAGGGUUACCAGGAAUUGCUGGACCUCCUGAGCUUUUGGGUAAAUUGAAACUGGUGAGCAGUGGACACAUCAAGCCCUUUGGGAGGGGCCCUGAAGGAACACCAGGAAAUCCAGGUCAGCGGGGCCAUUUAGGAAAGAAGGGGGAAAAGGGGCAGCUUGGCCCUCCUGGAGAAAUUGGACCUGCUGGUGACUCUGGCCAACCCGGAGAAACUGGUCCCAAAGGAGCAAGAGGAACUCGAGGUCCCUCGGGACACCUAGGAGGAAUGGGACCUGAAGGAGAGCCAGGAAUUCCAGGUUAUGGGGGUCACCAGGGUCUGCCAGGGCCACCAGGACCUCCAGGACCCAAAGGAGAAAAGGGUUACCCAGGUGAAGACAAUACAGUCCUUGGACCACCUGGGCCCAUAGGUGAACCAGGUCGUAGUGGUGAACGUGGAGAUAGAGGAGAGCCUGGUGACAAGGGCUACAAGAGUCAUCCAGGUCUUCCAGGGCUUAGAGGACCUAUUGGACAACAGGGGCCUCCAGGAGAGCCAGGUGAACUGGGAGAGCAAGGACCAAAAGGAGAAAGAGGUUCAGAAGGGCCCACAGGGAAGAAAGGAGCAACGGGUCAGGCAGGCAAACCUGGAAUUCCUGGAAAACCGGGGCCAUCAGGGCAGAAAGGAGCAGUCGGGUACCCUGGACCAGAAGACAUUCCUGGGAACCCUGGCAAGCCUGGGCUGUCAGGAAAGCCUGGCCCAAAG